AUGAAGUUCAGUAUCGUUACCGCCGCAGUAUCCCUGUCGGCGCCCAUCGUCCACGCAGUGGCUGUGCCCGCGGUGCCUGCUCUCGACAACACGUCACCUGCACUCGCCGUGCGCUUCCAUUCUUCUGCGUCUUCAUCCUCUAACGAUGCAAAGCGCGACAUUGGCGACGCAUUCGACGAGAAGCUGUUCCGGCGCAAGGGCGGCGGCGGCGGCGGCGGCCGUGGUGGUGGCGGCGGCGGCUCUUCUGGUGGUGGUUCUUCGUCGGGCGGUGGCUCUUCAUCGGGCGGUGGCUCUUCAUCAGGCGGUGGUUCUUCGUCUGGUGGUGGCUCGUCGUCUGGCGGUGGCUCGUCUGGUGGCAGAGGUGGCUCAUCUGGUGGCUCCGGCAGCUCCGGCAGCUCCGGCAGCACCGGCAAGGGUGCCGGCUCUACGUCGUCUAACACCGGCGGCCGCACUACAACCGGCAGUGGUGUCGCCCCGGCCUAUGGCGGUGGCCAGUACUACGGCGGUGGCGCCGCUGUGCCCUACCGCUCCGGCCAGCGCUCGCCCUCGGGUGUCGCUCCUUUCGCCGUUGGCGCGUUUGCUGGCGUUGGCCUGGCCGGCCUUGCCUUCUGGCCCGGUCUUUGGUACCACCCUAUCUACUACUACCCCUACAGCCACCCCUACACAUACUACAACGAGUCGUCCGCCAAGAACGAGACCCGCAACGUUGGCUGCGGCUGCGAUCAGACGGUCGAGUGCGCCUGCGACGAUAACACCAACGCCACCUACAUGAACGACCUCAUCGGCAACGGCUCGACUGCCGCUCUCGCCGCAAACCAGGUGAGCGUCGCUGACGUCAAUGGCACCAGCACCAUACUCAUCAACGGCACCCUGGAAAACGGCACCACGGCCGGCGGCGGCACCGACAGCCCGAACGCAGGCAGCGGCAUGCAGACUCUGCUGCAGCACGCAGGCUACUGGCCGGCCGUUGUCACAGUUGUCGCCAUUGUGUUUGCCCUGUAA